CACCCCACUCAGUUGGCACUAUCGCCCCACCGUGGUCACCCGCAUGCCUCUGCUCCCACCCUGCACUUGCUAGACCCACAAGUUUAACUACCUGUGAUUGACCAGCUGUGGAUAUAUAACCGAUCUGGUAACUGAGACGAUAAUUAAUUGCUUCAUACGUGAGGGAUAAGGAAUACCCCUGGGUUCUCUGCUUAUCCCGACGUGGUUACCUGAACGUGUUGCUUCGCCCGUCGAUGGACCAUAAUGAUAGUCAUGAUCACGUAUGUGGUAGUUUAUUAAGGGAAGGUGUUGAGUGCUGUACAGGGUCAAGCUGUGUGGGUCUGGAUCCUCGUGUGCUGCUGUGGCAUCUGCUCUUGACUCCAAUGACAGGUGUGUCGGAUGGUGUUAGGAGGAGGGAGUGAAGGGGGUCGGUAUGGGUCGGUAGGAGAAAGCGGGGGGCUGGUGAACGAAACUCAGCACUGCGGGAGCAGCAACAGCAGAAGUGGCACCAGUAGUAGUGCCAGCAGUGUAGUGGAUGACUCUGACCACUGCCACAUGACCCACGACGUGUACCAGCGCCAACCCCUCUUGUCCAACCAUGACCCUUAUAUCAAUACCAAUGGGGUUAAUAAAGAGGGAGGGAGUGGCGGGUACUAUGACAGCAGCAGCAGUAAUGGGAUAGUAAAGAUUGCAAUCCCAGCACCACACAGAGAAGAACCAAGAUUUCCUAAGGAGAAGUUUAAAACACUCUUAGCCUUCCUGUUCCUGUGUUCCAACUGGAUAUUCACUACUGCCUCACUGGCACUAACACAUGAAAAAGUGCCUAAUUAUCCACCUCUACCUGAUGUUACCUUAGACGCCAUCACUACACAAGAUUGGGGUCUCGACGUGUCUGAGAUAAUCAUCAUUGUGUCUGUUUACUUGUGUGUUAUGGUCAUACUUUUCCACAAGCACAGAUGGAUUCUGUUCCGUCGUAUCUUCCUGAUGAUGGGAUUACUGUAUUUUUAUCGUUCCAUCACAAUGUACGUUACGGUUCUUCCUGUUGCCAACCCUAACUACUAUUGUUCGCCAAAAGCCAAUUAUACCAGUCCAGUAUUGGUGGCGAAACGGGUGAUCCAGUUGCUCUCAGGGUUUGGCCUUUCAAUCAACGGUCAACACACGUUCUGUGGGGACUACAUUUACUCUGGUCACACGGUCUGCCUUGUUUUGGCAUACCUUGUUGUAAGAGAAUAUACUCCAAGGCGAUGGUGGUUGCUACACUGGUGCUUUGCUCUACUAGCAGUAACUGGUGUGGUAAUGGUUCUCAUAGCUCGGGGACACUACACUGUUGACUGUCUUAUAGCAUACUACAUCACCACACGUAUUUUUUACAUUUACCACCAGCUGGCCAAUAAUGCAAAUCUUAAGGAAAGCGGUCCAAACAACUUCUUGGAAAGGGUAUGGUGGUACCCACUGUUCUGGCGUUUUGAACGAAAUGUUCAAGGUGUUGUUCCGAGGCAUUAUGAGUGGCCUUUACCUUGGCCAAGGAGGUGGAGCAGCAAAAACCCACAAAGAACCUCAUAGUUAAUGACUGUGCAUAUUUCCAGAUCACAGUUUUUCGUGUUUCAUUGUCCUUCUUAGUGCCAGUCCACCCGAGGUCACUGUAUACAAGAUGAAGUAUUCAUUCAUUCAUUCAUUUAUAAUAUUAAUAAGGCCUUUAAUAACUCACAGUUGCAUGUAGUACACUAAUUUGAAUGUAGCCCAUAAGGGAGUAAAGUAUAGUGACAAUUUAGGAUGAAAAAUAAGUUACUUGUAUGUAAAUUCAUGUAUACAGGUAACUAGAUUUAGGACUACUAUACAGUACUGUACAGUAUUUACUUUGUUUCUUGUAAAAGUUAUGGCAUAAUAAUAUUCAAAGAUUGAUGUAAAGACACUGCCUCACAAAUACACAGAAUAUUAUAUGAAACUGCACAGUAUAUUUAAUAAAAUUAACAAAUGUGAAGGUACAAAAAUUUUGAGGUUCCCUCUACUCUUUAUUAGGGACAGUGGAGUCACAGUUGAUUAUUCCUCUUGUAUAUUGUGACCGAUUUAAUGUGAUAUUGAAUACUCACUACAUAUCACCAAUAUUGUGUGAUGAACAGUGUAGGUUUUAAACAAAACAUGUGUACAUUAAAUUAUUUGGCUAAGCUUUUUGUCUGUAUAUUUGAACAGUAAUUGUACAAAGUAUAUAUUGUUAGGCUUACUCUUAUGCAAGUUUGCCUUGUGGACUAUAUUUUUGGAAAAUGUCCAGUUUAUCUUUUCAUGGUGUUUAGAGUGUGCGAAUGUUUUGUGUGGCAGGGUGAGCAGAUCUGACCUUGGUUAGUACUACCUUGUCAACAGUCAAGUCAAAUUUGCUGGCUUCAUCACCCGAGUGAGGAUCUGCCUUUGAUGACAAAGAUAUACAGUACAUAUAUUAAAAAUCCAGUUUCAGAUUGACUUGUCAGGGAAUUAAUAUUUUUGGCUUUAUUUUAUAGGUACGAGUAGAUGGAUGAAGUCUUCAUAAAUUCAGGUAGUGCUUUCAAUUAUAGAUUUUUUUUAUUUUUUGCUAUACUGCUUCCACAAUAUAGUGAUUGUACAACUUAAUUUAUCUCAACUGCAUAUCAAGUAAUUAUUUAGAUAUGUAAGUAUAAGGAUUUUUCAUUUUGCUGAUACAGCCAUGGUGCUACAUCAUACGUACUGUGCAUAUCUUGUCUGUUAAAGUUAAUCACUUAUUUCUUAAUUUUAUUUUACACUGGAAAUGACCAUUUUACCUCAAAGUACUUGUAUAGAUAGUAAUUGAAUCCCUUGCAAAUGUUUUACAAAUUUAGUUAUAUUCUGUACUUCAUUUAUGGACAAUCUCAAAUUAUGAAGAAUGGAAGAGAAAGCAGAUGAAAGAAGGGACAUUGGUUUUGAAAAUCGUUUUCAUCUGUGACAAAUUGGUGAUAUUUUAAUGGCUUCUUGUAUAUGUAUUGAAAAUGUGCAUAAUCAGUGUUAGGUGUGAACUCAUUCCAGGCUAGUAAUACAGUUAUCUAUUGCUUUAGUCAAAAUGUUAAUGCAGUACAGUUUCUUCAACAACAGUGAAUAUUAUUUACUAAUUGGUUUUGAGUGGAGGAUUUAAUAUACAAUACAUUACAAUACUUGCAGAUUAUUUUGUCUGCACGUCCUGGUUUGUCUAUUGAUGUUGGUUGGAGUUUACACAAGCUCUGAUAAUAUCCCUUUCCUAACUGUGGUAGUCUUCCAGUGACGACACUCAUUCAUGCUUAAAAAUUAUUCUGCACCACCACAGACACUAAAUGAUCCAGUAACAAAUAUCAGUAUCUUGAAAGAACCAAAAAUAUGAUUGCCCUAUGUGUUUCUGUGCUGACAUUUGAUAACAAUUUCCUAUCUAGAAUAUAUAUUUAGUUGUUCACGUGCUGUGUAACUAUAUCUUUGGGAUACUUUCGGCUUUUAAUUAUGUAUGGUACAUUUUGAUAACACUCCUGCAUGACAUCUAGCAGGAUAGUCUUCCAGUGAUGUAUAUAUACUUUUGAUUCAAGUGAUGGAUAUGUUGAGCUACAUUAUUACAUUGGGCAUUUAGCAUAUAAUUGCUGGCAAAAUUCCUGGGCAGUACUGUAUUAUAAGGAUUUCAUGUUGUGGCAGUUGGGAGGUCAUCAGAGUCAGUGAUAUGUUAGAAUGUUGUGGUACCUGGUUUCAUUGUUUUUAGAUAAAGUCCAGUAUACAAGAUGGAUUUCAUGAAUAAAUAAUGGUAUAUGAGUAGUUUAUCGUUUCAAAUACUGUAGUGUGUUCAAUUUAGCCUAUACGUAGUUGAAAGUGGGCUUAUCCAUAGAUAACCAACACUCUUCCUUCAUACAUUUAUAGUAGAAUGACAUUCAGUAUGCCUUGCUUAGAGCUGAAUUUGAUUGUUAGGUGACCUUUCUUUUUUGCCAGUUUAUUUUCAUUUAAUUAUACUUUAUCAAUGUUUAAUUUGCAUAAUUAAAAACAUUUUUUCUUGAUCACAGGAGCUGACAAAUCGAUAUUUUCUGUGAUUAAUUAAUAUACUAACCAAUAAAUACUGAUGGAAUAAUUCAGUGAAUAUUCCAUCACACAUGAAAGUCAUUUUUAGAUCAGUAUUAGCCUUAAAUGAAGUGUUUGUCAUUCUGGCAUGAAAUUACAAAAGGAAGUGUUGGUCACAUUUAUAAGAGAUUAAAUUGUCGUGCAGAAUUGCCAAAUGCAAUGAUUGCCUAAACAGGUCCACUCAAAAUACUGUACUGUAUAAAAAAUGGCCAUGAGAACCGAGGUCUAUAAUGUUAAAAAGAAUAUUACAACCUUUGACCCUUCCACAAUAAGUCAUUAUUUGCCCAGCACAUUCAUCAUAUUUUUUAAAGUUGCUAUACUGUAUCAGAAAGAUAUACUACCUGUAAGACAUUUACUAGAGAUUGUUUUCUGAGAACAAAUAAGAGCAGUAAUAUUAGGGGCGAGUUGCCAGUGUUUAUUAAGAUGAUGAAAUGCUGUACUACGUAUAUGCCAAAAUAUUCCUUUCAAUUCUUAAAAUGAAAUACUGUUUAUACUAGAAUACUCCUUUAUAGUAGAACUUCUUUCAGGAUGAAAUUUAGUCUUCCUUUUGAAUUUACUACUACAAGCAGCAAAUAAGCAAUGGCUUCUGCACGUUAGGUGAAAUGUUAAAAUCCAUUACUGAAUUACACAAGACUUCAGCGGGAUUGAACCACGGAGCGAUGUAUAUGCAAGUUUCAUCGCGAAUGGAUUCUUCAGGCUAAAAUCAGACAUGGCUCAGUAAUGGUUUGCAGCUUCAUACAGUAGUAGUAGUAAAUUCACAUCAUAGGAAUACCAAUUCACAUAUUGAAAUGGGUUACAGUAAAUAAGAGGAAUAUUUUGGUACAUUAUGCACUUCAUCACCUAAAGGUAACAAGCAGGAGCCCAUAAACAUUAGCUUCAUGUAUAAGUGCAUUUUAUGAAUAGAAUGGAAGAAAGACAAAUUUAAACCAUUUCUCAUUUGUAAGCUCUGGAGAAAACACUGAUGUAAAGAAAUGUAUUUUUAUCUUUUAUAUGGCAGAAUAUAAGAAACAUUAUUUGAAUAAAACUUUUUCAAUCUUCCAUAUACUACAGUACAUAUGAGAAAAUGUAUGAUGCACUCCUUAUGGACAUGUCAUUAAACUGAAUUAAAGAAAGCAUUCACA